AUGCCAUCAGGAGGUGAAUACUCAUACAAGCCAAGAUCAGAGACUCCUGACCAAGUUGCAAUCACAUCUCCAGGUGGAGUGAGGGCUCACCGCUCGAAUUCAGGGACACUGAUACAACGAUCAGGUCCCUUUUAUGACCCACCACCUCGAUCCACCCCAAAUCCUCAAUCUAUGGGUCGCUUCUCAGAACCAAACUACACUCCUUCUAAUGGACCUACAACCAUGCAAAAGGAGGAGAAUGAAGAUCGAGUCAGGCGCACAAGCAUCUCUGGACUUUUGCAACGACCUGAAAGCCAGCCACAGCUAAAUACUGGCGCCUCGGGUUUUUCCUCCAACCCUGGCCCACACAUGCGACCAGAUAGUAUUCCCCCUUCUUUUGCGCAAGUGGACCGAACUAUCCAGCAGUCCCUGAAUGGUCCAGAUAUUCCUCGAUCUAAUGGCCUUGGAUCUUACGAUACCCGACCCCCUCCCAGCUCAACUCCCCUUUCUAGAUUGACAGCUGCGGCGCCUACGCCUCAAAGCUAUCCUCAUUCUCAGGAACGACCGCUGCCCCGCUCCCUCUCCCCCGAGAUACGAAGGUCACAAUUGAAUGGAGCGGAGACUAGAGGUCUAGCUGGCUUACUGAAUCAACACUUUGAACAUGGUCAAGGAUCUCAGCCUAUGAUGCGACAAGAUUCUAUACAAUCGCAGAGCGACAGGUCCGUUCUUGGCGAUCGACCUCGCAUACCCAACCGGGCUUAUUCACCAUUUGCUGGAUCUGUGAUUUCGCAACAUAAUGGUCCAUUUGAUGACCUAGGUCGUAAAGGAAGUGAUGAGUUAUCACAACACAGAGCUCUCCUGUCUCUAGCGAACGAAUCAAAACGGGGCAGAUAUUCUCCUGUUCCGCAAGCUGUUCAAGGUGCCCAGGCCCAGACUCCCACACCUGAUGCUGCGAUUAAAACUGAACACGGUCGGGUUUUCUCUGGUUUGGGAGGAGGCUUGAACACAGCCAAUAGUGGACCCACAUCAACACCACAGCCACUACCUGCAAGUCCAUUCAAGCAAAACGAAGGAACCACCCGGCUUAGCGAGGAGAACUUGAUGAAAAUGUCGAGAAGUACCUCGGGCAUCAGUAAACGCCCCCGCAAAGCUUUGAACGAUGAACAGCGCGCAGAAAGUGAUGUAGGUGAUGUGAAGAGAAGUGGUGCUGGAAAGGGGAAGAGAAGCAAAUAUCAACACUCGUAUAAGCUGGAGCUCGAGGAUGCUCCUGCGGGACAGAGGAAAAAUGCGACCUUCGGUUCGGCCUCGACUACAGCUCGGCGAGGAGCAACACCUACAUCACACCCGUCACAACUGCAUCACCAUCAAUUGCAAAGACAAGCAUCAGCCACUGGGAACACACCCGUCUUCCGGCCUAAACAGACAAUCAGAAUCGCGUCAGUGAUUGCACUUGCUGGGCGGAAUCGACGUCGCCAUUUGGGAUCAUUCAAAUACAGUCCCACAGUUGGCCCUACCGAGCUAACCAGACCAACACCGCUCAAAUUCGAUGUUUCUAUCAGACCCAGUCUCUUACCGUCCUUUUCAGAAGCUGAACACAUCAACUGUACAUACACAAUACGUGUGUCAAGAACAUGGCUUCAGGAAAAGGAGAGAGGAAUCAUCUGCGCAGAGAGGUAUUUGUGGGGCUCUGGCAUCUACACUGACGAUUCAGACCCGCUAGCAGCAGCCAUGCAUGCAGGAUUCAUAAGUUCCGUUCAUCCUGCAGGGAUUGACGAAGCACUUCUCGAACGAGUGAUUGAGGAGCAGAACCCCAAGAUUGAGGGUAGUACCGCACCGGAAAAGCCCAAGAAGGUCGAAGAAGGAAAAGAUCUACACAUAACUCUAGUUGUCCUACCUCCUUUGGAGCAUUACACAGACUCGGUCAGGUUUGGUAUUAAAUCACGAUCUUGGCCUGAAGAAUCAUGGACAAUGUCAGAGGGGCCAAGCUCCGGCAAAAGCCCACACGAUGGUGUAAGUUUCAUGGUCUUGAAGGUUGAUUUUGUAGAAGACGGGAUUGAGGCGAAGCGUGUUGGAAGAACGGGUGUUGAGAAACGAGAACGCCUCAGGCGUGAGUUGAUGGAAAGAAAACGCAGUGGCGAACUUGAGAAGCAGAAGAUUGCUGAAGCAGUCGCUCGAGCGAAGGUUCGAAAGGAGGAGCAAAAGAGACGCGCAGCAGAAACCGCUCUGAAGCGCGUCAAGUCGACCAACGGCACGACCAAGUCCGAUUCUCUGUCUCGACCAUCCGAACCGUCGCGCAAGGAAGCGGAUGAACAACCGCCGCAACCACAGAAACCUGUCGAAGAAUCGAAUAUGCAGCUUGACGUCGGUCAGAGUCCUGGCGAGUGGAUCCGGCAGUUAACGGUUGCUGCGGCGUAG